CCUCUUUGAAAUGCAAGUAUUUAUUGCCAAAAAAUCCUUUGCUGGGACUAGUGUGUAAGGACUUAAGGAAGAAAUUAGAAAUCUCUAUACAUUAACCAUUUGCUCUUCUUGGGAAUCAAGAUUUGAGUGGAAAAUGGCAGUGCUGACUUGCCUUCAUGGCUGGUUUAGUACUUCUCCUAGGAGCACCUUGCAAAUCUGAAUAUUUGUUAGCAUUAUCAUGCUUCCAGUUUUUAGGAAGUUCUUGGAAUGAUGAUGUAUAAAUUGUGUGAGAAUUCGGGGGUUUUAAUGAUCAUUUAACUUCUUCCAUGUACUUAACACCGGGACUGAAGCAGUAGACUCAUCUUGAAGAGCUCAUACUAGGCAAGUGAUUUACAAGACUCUUUGUGCCAGUUCGCUGCUACCAGCAUUAAUCAAAUCUUUCGAUGGACUACAUGCAACAUUAACCUUUUGGAGGUCUGGUUUACUGUUGCAGCUAAAGGGAAUCAGAAUGCCUCUCAAUGAUGACCAGAACAGCGAUUCAGACUCUUCACGCCUCUCGGAAAGCACAGCAGCUUCUAGCGACUCUGAAUAUUCAAGGCAGAGCUUUAACAGUGAUUCUUCAAGCAAACCCAGUUCCCCAGCAUCAGCAAGCCCUCCCAAGGCUAUUACAUUUGAUGAACUGAUGGCAGCUACAAGAAAUUUGUCAAACUGGACUCUAGCUCAUGAAAUUGCUGUAAAUGCAAAUUUUUGCAUAAAACAUGAAGACUUCCCACAAAACAGCUUUGCAGGCACAGUGAAACAAAUUGUACACAAGGCAUUUUGGGAUCAUUUGGAAUCGGAACUGAACGAAGAUCCUCCAGAAUAUGAACAUGCCAUCAAGCUCUUUGAGGAAAUUAAGGAGAUUCUUCUUUCCUUCCUGACUCCUGGAGCAAACAGGAUUCACAAUCAAAUUUGUGAAGUUCUAGAUACGGAUCUUAUAAGACAGCAGGCAGAACAUAAUGCUGUUGAUAUUCCUGGGCUAGCUAACUAUAUCAUCAACACUAUGGGAAAGUUGUGUGCUCCAAUAAGAGACAACGAUAUAAAACAGUUAAAGGCAACUGACAAUAUCGUAGAAUUGCUGAGACAAAUAUUUCAUGUUUUGGACCUGAUGAAAGUGGAUAUGGCAAACUACACAAUUAAAAGCCUUAGACCAUACCUCUGGCAUAAUUUGGUGGACUAUGAAAGAACAAAAUUCCAGGAAAUUCUUGAAGAAACACCAAGUGCCCUGAAUCUCACAACAGAAUGGAUAAAGGAAUCUAUAGAAGAUGAAUUGUCAUCUAUUUCUGAUGAGUCUUCAUCAUCCCCCGGUGCUGACAGUUGUUCAAAACCAAAUAUUAGUCCUACACUGGUGCUAAACAAUGGCUACUUGAAACUGUUACAAUGGGAUUAUUGCAAAACAAUUCCAGAGACUCUAAUAACAGAUGAAGUUCGUCUUCAAGAACUGAGAGAAAAGCUCAAUCAAUUAAAAAUCAUAGCUUGUGUUUCUCUCAUAACAAACAAUAUGGUGGGUGCAGCAAUUGUAGAUGUGCCUGAUUUUGCUGACCAACUGAAAAGGAUCUCUGUUCCUCUUCUUGAAGGCAUGAACAAGAAAUCUUUUGAUUUGAAGGAGGCUCUGAAUGCUAUUGGUGUCCAGAUUUGCAGCAAAGUGAACAAGUCUCUAACUGAAAGAGGUCUUCCCAUUCUUAGCGAAGAAAUGCAGAGUAAUUUAAUGGGUCAAAUUGCUCAUAUUGUUGAGAAGAAUAAUCCUGUCUGUUCCUUGAUUGACAAACGAAUCCAGCUCUUCCUGAGAAGCUUGCUUGCUCCUCCGAGCUUCCAGAAGUGUAUGCCUACUAUGCCGGGAGGCCUUUCUGUAAUUCAGACAGAGAUGGAGUUUGUUGGAUCUCAGUAUGCAAGCAUUGUAAACUUCAAUAAAAAAGUGUAUGGACCAUUCUAUGCAAACAUACUUAGAAAACUACUUUUUCCUGAGGCACCAAUGGAGAAAUCAGAAGCAGAAACAGCUGGCAAUUAAAAAAUAUACUUUUUUUUAUUUUCCAAGACCAUGGGGAAGGCAGAUCUCUAAGAAAAGCCUACACCAGUGACUGUUGAUCAUAAAAGGUCUUGUAAAAUAUAUACAGAUAGUUUCUGAGAUUCACUGUAAAAAAAAUUAAUUUCAAGGUCAUAUAUAUAUUUUAA